GCAGUGUGGUGGCGGCCAGGGUUCCAAGCCUGUCUUCUCUCUUUCUCUCGGAUUGGCUAAAGCACUGACAGCUUGCAUAGGGAUUGUAGGAACUGAAGCUCCACCCCCUCACGAUGGCCCACAGACCAUUCAUAAACUAAGAGAGAGAGAGAGAGAGAGAGAGAGAGAGAGAGAGAGAGAGAGAGAGAGAGAGAGAGAGAGAGAGAGAGAGAGAGAGAGGUGGGGGGCAGGUAUCAGAGGACAGGAGGGAGAAGUGGAGUGGAGUCUGCACAAGCAAUCCAGAGGAGAGGGAAAACCCGGACUCCUUAGAACUGCACACCAGAUACAACGUAAGCAGGGACUUAGUCACACUAAAAUAGAUUUUGCCAGGGCCAAAAGUAUAAAUAACGAGGCAGAAAUGAAUAUCAAACAACUUGCAGCGGUUUGCACCUAGAGAGAGGCAGGAAGACCCCCCCCCCAAACAAACCAACUCAAUCCAAACAACGCCUCCAGUAGGAAACCAGGAAAACUGCGACGACACAACCCCUGAGAAGAAGGAGACCAGCACGCUGAGACCGCGGGGCGUCUGCAAACCUCAGAGUGCACAGCGGCCUGAGCUGUACUUCACUGCUCUCCAGGCAUUAAUUACAUCCUUCACUUUCCUUUUGGGGGAGGGUAAGGAAGGCAUCACCUACGCUGAGUGAAGGCGUCCUACCAGCGAGGGAGAAGUUUAAGAAUGAACGGCUGAAUGUUUUGCUCUUAUUUUAAAAUUUUCUUUGGCACUUAUUAAGACUUCAUUUCCAGAUAUCUGGGCAACCGUGGCUGCUGCGGACAUCUAAGCCUAACCUCUUGGUAACCUAAUUUUUUUUUCUCUCUUACCAUCUAAUCCAUUUCUCCCACACAAGAAGUUCGUCUUUAUUUAUCUUUAUUUCACUUAUCAAAAGACAGCGAAAAAGUGCCAGCUAGUACUUUAAAAAAAAAAAAAAAUUCUUUCUUAUUUUCUGCGGAAGAAAGGAAAAAAGAUUUCCAAGGAGGGAAAAGAAAAGGCCAGCCGGCUCUAUCGCCAGCCGGUCAGCCCAGGUGGAAAGCAAGAGUGAAAUUGGGGCUUCAGGGGGAACGCACCGCCUUUCCACAGCCGCAGGGCCACCACCAGUGUGUGAGCCUUGGAUCCCUCAACGUAUUGCGAGACGCCGGUGUACAGCCCGGACCUGUGCCCCAACAUGAUCGCCGCUCAGGCCAAGCUGGUUUACCAGCUCAAUAAAUACUACACCGAGCGCUGCCAGGCACGCAAGGCUGCAAUCGCCAAGACCAUCCGAGAGGUCUGCAAGGUAGUGUCGGAUGUGCUAAAGGAAGUGGAGGUGCAGGAGCCGCGUUUCAUCAGCUCCCUGAGCGAGAUCGACGCCCGCUACGAGGGGCUGGAGGUCAUCUCACCCACCGAGUUCGAGGUGGUGCUCUACCUCAACCAGAUGGGCGUCUUCAACUUCGUGGACGACGGAUCUCUGCCGGGUUGCGCGGUGCUCAAACUAAGCGACGGGCGGAAGCGGAGCAUGUCUCUCUGGGUCGAGUUCAUCACAGCUUCUGGCUAUCUCUCUGCGCGCAAGAUCCGCUCGCGUUUCCAGACACUGGUCGCCCAGGCGGUGGACAAGUGCAGCUACCGGGACGUGGUCAAGAUGAUCGCCGACACCAGUGAGGUCAAGUUGCGCAUCAGGGAGCGCUACGUGGUGCAAAUCACUCCAGCGUUCAAGUGCACCGGGAUCUGGCCUCGCAGCGCGGCACAGUGGCCUAUGCCCCACAUCCCCUGGCCCGGCCCCAAUCGGGUGGCGGAGGUCAAGGCCGAAGGGUUCAACUUGCUCUCCAAGGAGUGCUACUCGCUGACUGGCAAGCAGAGCUCGGCAGAAAGCGACGCCUGGGUGCUGCAGUUCGGUGAGGCGGAGAACCGCUUGCUGAUGGGAGGCUGUAGAAACAAGUGCCUCUCGGUGCUGAAGACGCUGCGGGACCGCCACCUGGAGCUGCCGGGCCAGCCGCUCAAUAACUACCACAUGAAGACGCUGCUGCUGUACGAGUGCGAGAAACACCCGAGGGAAACGGACUGGGACGAGGCUUGCCUGGGCGACCGUCUGAACGGCAUCCUGCUGCAGCUCAUCUCCUGCCUGCAGUGCCGCCGCUGCCCUCACUACUUUCUGCCCAACCUCGACCUCUUCCAGGGCAAGCCCCACUCGGCCCUGGAGAGCGCUGCCAAGCAGACCUGGAGGUUGGCCAGGGAAAUCCUCACCAAUCCCAAAAGCUUAGACAAACUAUAGAGUGCUGCGGAUUGUGUGAAAAGCAACACAGACGGGCAUGCUCUCAGAACACACACGCACAGCAACAGCAGAAACUCUAAACACAAACUUUUAUGGAAAUCACCUGAAAGAGCCGGAGUAGGUGGAAGACCUCCUUAAUUAAGAAGCAUACAAAAGAGGGCAAGCCGACCAAACAAAUUUACAUUCUUGCACAAAAGUGAUCGUUUCCUUCCAAACAAUGUGAAUUUAAAGAUCACACAAAAGAAGCAAUCGGGCUUUGCCAACACAAAAUGAAACCCAAGGUACAUUUUUCAAAUCCAUGUAUAGUAGCUUCCCCUCUUUUCCUUCUUUACACCCCCUCCUUGUUAUGGGUUGCCUGAAUGAUUGUCACCAAGUGAAAGAAAUUAUUUAACUCUAUGUGAAAUUUCUUUUUACAAAGUUUUCCUGAUGUGAAGUGUGUCUCAGUGCCAAUGUCAAUGUGCCCCUCCCUCCUACUUUUGCACCUCUAAACCUGGCCCUAAAAUGUCUUGCUGAAACCAGUAAACUAGUAAUAAAAAUAUUACUUUACAUUGUAA